GUGAUAUCAGCGAUGGAUUCGAGUUCUUUACGUUCCAAUGGUUCGGGCUCAUGGACACCAAAGCAGAACAAGCUGUUUGAGAAGGCGUUGGCACAGUAUGAUAAAGACACACCGGAUCGAUGGCAAAAUGUUGCUAAGGCUGUUGGUGGGAAGACUGUCGAAGAAGUUGAGAGACACUACGAAAUCCUUAUUGAGGAUCUUACCCGUAUCGAGUCCGGUCGCGUCCCGAUCCCGAAUUACAGGCCGACGUGA